AUGAAUACCACUGAUAGAGUAUACAUUUCACUGACGAUGAGUGAGCUUAUCAUUGGGUAUACUACUUUAUUGUAUAUUUCGGCAUCGUAUGUCAGUGUGUUGUAUGUCAGUUCUCGAGAUGCAGAGCAAUACAAGAGGAAACGAGAUGAUCCUCGAGUCAUCAAGUCCCGAAUGCAAAGAAUAAGUCUUUUAACUCUGUUUAAUAUUUUGGUAAUCCCUUUAUUGCAGACCAUAUUUGAUACAAGUGGCUCGAGUUAUAUUUCGCAUGUGUUGAACUUAGGGAUAAUCCCUUGUCGACAACUCGAUGGUCAAUGGGAUAUCAAAUUAUAUUUACAAAAUUGCUUUGAAAGUGUGAUUUUAAUAAGCCAAUUAUACAUUGGUCCAAUUACUGAUAUUAUAUUGUAUUAUAUUGCAACAAAAUGUGAUACUCUGUAUGCUGAUUUUUUUGAAUUAUUUAACAAUAUAUGGAGUAUCAGAAAUAUUAUAUUUGCACCUAUUACAGAAGAGCUUUUCUAUACGUCGAUGCUACUAACUACGUAUAUGGCGUUUUUCAAUUCUCAACAUAAUAGUUUCAAACGGCUAUUACUUGAACCUCCUUUAUUUUUUGGCAUUGCACACAUUCACCAUGGUUACGAAACCUAUGUAUCAGGCAAUAGCAAUAUACUCAGUAUAUUAAUUAGUACAAUUUUCCAAAUGGUGUAUACCAGUUUAUUUGGCAUAUUAACAAACUAUAUUUUUAUAAUUACACACGGUAAUUUGUUGUCAUGUAUUGCAUUGCAUAGUAUUUGCAAUAUAAUCGGUUUCCCGAAUGGAUCAGAAUUAGUUACAUAUUGCACGAUAAUUAAACCUGUACAUCCAUCCUCAAAUAGAUUCAGAUUGGUACAGUUAUGGAAAAAGAUAUAUAUUGGCUUACUGUUUGUCGGUAUACUAUUAUUUGUUAAAGGUCUAGGCAACUUUUCCUAA